GAUGGACCCAUUUAAUGCCGUAGAAAUUCCUAAGUAUUUGCCGACUUUACCUCAGCCGACCUUGAAUCGCUUCCCGCAGGGUAUGCCAUCUCUGCUUCUACUUGAUGAGGUUCACUUCUUGCACUCGUAUCGCACUCUCAACUCAAAAAACUAAUUACUUGCUAACAACAAGAAUCGAGGAAUAACAAAAGAGCAGAGGACCAGUUUCAGAGACUUCACUUCCAUUGCGUUGCCGCUGUUAGUGUUAAAGCGGUUGCAGCUGGUUUUCAUUUCUUAUCACACUCACAGUUCUUAAAUUCGCUCGACUUGAAUGAGUAGGAUUUGAAGGUGGGCUAGGGAUGACGACUCGAAUCGCUCCGGGCGUUGGGGCGAACCUCCUAGGUCAACACUCGGCUGAGAGGAAUCAAGACGCCACUGCUUAUGUCGGCAACCUCGACCCCCAGGUCACUGAGGAAUUACUAUGGGAAUUGUUUGUUCAAGCAGGCCCUGUUGUCAAUGUUUAUGUUCCGAAAGAUAGAGUGACAAAUCUCCAUCAAGGAUAUGGGUUUGUGGAGUUCCGUAGUGAAGAAGAUGCUGAUUAUGCAAUAAAGGUUCUGAACAUGAUUAAACUGUAUGGGAAGCCAAUACGUGUGAAUAAGGCUUCUCAAGAUAAGAAGAGCUUGGAUGUUGGCGCAAACCUUUUUGUUGGAAACCUUGACCCUGAUGUGGAUGAAAAACUUCUCUAUGAUACUUUCAGUGCUUUUGGACUCAUUGUUACAAACCCAAAGAUAAUGAGAGAUCCUGAGACUGGGAAUUCUCGUGGUUUUGGCUUUAUUAGCUAUGAUUCUUUUGAGUCCUCUGAUGCAGCUAUUGAGGCCAUGAAUGGUCAAUAUCUCUGCAAUCGUCAAAUUACAGUGUCCUAUGCAUACAAGAAAGAUACGAAAGGGGAGCGUCAUGGUACCCCAGCAGAGAGAGUCUUGGCUGCAAGCAAUCCUGGUGCACAGAAAAACCGGCCCCACACACUUUUUGCAAGUGGACCACCUACACUAUCGAAUGGUCCUCAGGCUAAUGGUACCAUGGGGGUCCCUGUUCCUCCUCGCCCGUUUGCAAAUGGUCCCAUUCCUCCUGGGCAAGUUCCAGCAAUCCGCCCUCCCCCACCACAGGUUGGGGGCUUUCCUCCUCCGAUGCAACUAGCAGGGCAGCAAUGGCCUGGUCAGAUGCAGCAGCAGGGUCAAGUGAUGAUGCCAUCUGUCAUGCCGCCUCCACCUCAGCAGUUCAGACCACUUGCCAGACCACCAAAUAUUCCACCUCCUCCACAGGCAGCACUUUCAAGGCCUCCACCACCACCAAUGGGUAUGAGUGCACCACCACCGGUUUGGCCACCAGCACCACCUCAGCAUAUGGCUGGAAGACCUCCCCCGCCACCUCCAAUGUCCAUGCCACCACCUCCACCACCUCCAUCUGCUUGAAGUACAGGUCAUUCCAGAGCUCUGUAAUUCAGAGAUACAUUUUUGCUGGGAAAUACUAUUUUUUUUUUUGGGGGGGGGGGGGCGGGGGGUGGGGGGAAGGGGUGGCUGUAGACCUUUGUUUUCUUUUUUCUACUUGAUGAGGAUUUGUCAUUUCUUACUGUUUUCAUUAGGGUCGUACAGGUUGUAAUAUAUUAACCCAAUAGUGUUUUAAUUGCUAUGUGAAAUUUCUUCAAUUGACGGUGCAAAAAGUGGAAGGGAUUGCAAGGUGGUGAAAUUAUGGAGAACUUUGCUGAUUUUAUUUUCC